AUGGAAAACAAAACGACCGAUUUUCGUAAACGAAUGCUGGAAAUAGAAAGCAGAUGCGUGGACAAAGAUGGAAAGCUAAGCUCAAACAAGAUAGUGAACCUGAAAGAGGUUUUAGGUCAUGGGUCAGUUGAUUUGGAUGAGGAGAUUGAUGAAACAAUAUCUAAUACCAACUUCCUAUCAGUAAGUGAAAAAAUGCCAGAAGUUCCAUCACUGAUAUUCACUGAAAAUGAUUUUGAUAUUGAAGAAUGUGAAAGUGAUUUGGAAUCCAAUGAGCCCCAGACUGAAGUUAACGUUACUAGAAAAUCUUCCUUGAAAAUAAAAAGAAAACUUGAAAAUAAAGUAGAUGAAGAUGAGCAAAACAAGCAUGUUGUAUUUGCCGACACAUGUGGUGUCACAUUGGCCGAUGUUAGAGAAAUGCAGAAUGCUGAUGAACCACCAAAAAUCCCUCGAACUGUUUUACGAUAUUUGCCAAAUGCAAAAAUAAAAAAACACAGAUUAUCUUGCGAAGCAGGAAGUUCUAACAAUGCUAACAGAUGUAAAAUGACAUUACUCUUCGAGCAACCAGGAAUCAAUUUCAGGUUCAAAGAUAUGAUCUCAGACAACAAUGUAAAAUUGGAAAGUUGUGUGGAUUGUGAAGAUAAGUGGACAAUUUCUGGCAUCAUAGCAAUUUCUUUAUUUACCAACAUUAAUAAAGUUUUUGUUCGAAUGACAUUUGACAGGUGGAAGUCAUGGCAAGAUUAUGAGUGUGCAGCUAUGGAGGAGUCUGAAGAUAUGGCCAUAAACGUCCUUGGCUAUCGUAGAUUUGUUUUCUCUAUAGUUCUCUCGCAAGAUAACUUCACAACUUCUCAAACAAACCCUACCACAGAUGAAAUGGUGAAGUUUGAGUCUGAUGAUACUGAACCCUCUCAGGAGAGCAAGCAUAUUUUAUUAGAGUUUGCUAUUGCUUGUCUGUCUGAUGUUGACACUUAUUGGGAUAACAAUUUUGGAAAAAAUUAUUCAGUUUGUGUUGAAUCAUUUUCCUGA